CUGAAAAGAAGGAUGACGAGCAGUCUGAGGAUGAACUGCCCAAGUUGGCUCAUUUAAUUGGUGGAGAUAAGCUGCCAGCCAUGAAGAAUGGUGUGGAGGAAGACAUCAAACGUGCAAAGCUGCAAACAAUGAAGGAACUUUUCCCCCAGAGAAGUGACCAGGAUUUAUUACAAUUGAUAGAAUCGACACAGACAAUGGAUGAAGCGAUAACUGCUGCUUUGAACUUCAGUGAUGAAGCUACCUUUCGCAAAAGGAAACUAAAAGGUUCUCCCACACACCGUGUCAACAGUGAUGAGGAAGAUGCAAAAAAGCCAAAAGCUAAUAACGUAAGUAUUGGUUUUUCUGUCCAAGUGCUAUGA